AUGAAUAGUUAUUAAUAUGGCAAUGCUCUAUUUACAGUUCAGGUAACAAGGAAGCAUUUCUUCUCUGAUAAGGUUUAUUAGCUUUACUUAUUCCAGGAUGAAAUUGUUAUGACAGAUGUAUGCUCCAUUUGAUAAAUCUAGAACACAUUACGUUAACCCAAAUACUCAAUUAAAUUGAAUUUAACUACUACAAUUAAUUGGAUUGUUUAGGACAAUAAAAUACAAGCAUUUUCAAUUGCUUAUCAAAAUACUGUUAAGGCUUUUCAUGCUCCUAAAUUACAAAUUUUGAAAGAAAUGAUUGCAGGCAGAGUAUUUUAUACUUCAAUUACUGAAUUUUAUUAAAUUUAAAUGCUUAUAGGGUAUGGAAUGUCGGGAGAAGUAUAUAAAAUAGUAUUGUUAUAUAGGUUUAUAGGUGCAUCUCUAAUAAUGGGGAGUAUUUCGCGGUAAAGAAAUGUGAAAAGAUGAAAUUAGCAUCCCAUCAAGGAGGAAUUGUAACUAUAUCUCCAUUACUCUAGCCUCAAUUAAUACAUGAACUCUCAUUGCUGCAAUCUCUCUAACACCCAAACAUAUUAAAAUUAAAGGAGGUCUAUACUGAUUAAUAAUACUAUUACAUAGUGACAGAACUUAUUAAAGGAAGAGCAUUAAGCACAGAAUUGUAAUCCAGGCCAUAUGGGUUGAGUGUGGCCGAAGCCAUUAAGAUAAUGCUCUAAAUUCUAGAUGCUCUAAUCUACAUAUCAGAAAGAGGAAUUAUGCACAGAGAUAUUAAUCCCCACAACAUUAUGAAGUCAGAUCCCAUUAAAUUGAUUGAUUUUGGAUUGGCAAGAAAGAUCAAAAAUCAAUUGAUAUUUCCAACUUCUGGCACUCCUGGCUAUAUUGCACCAGAGGUUAUUAAUUUUAAUAAAGAUAAACUCUAUGAUGACAGAGCAGAUGUCUAUAGUUUGGGAUGUGUUCUUUAUAAAUUGUAAUCCAAUUCAUUAUUUUUUAGGUUAACAGGAGAGAAUCUCUUUCAUAAACAAAAAAACAUUUUCUAAGAAAAUAAGGAAGGUGUCUAUGAAUUAAGAAAAAAUUAGGCACACCCUGAAGUUAACAGCCUAAAAAUGGAAUAAUUAUUUGUUUUAUUGCCUUAUAUGUUAGAGAAUGAUCCUAAUAACAGAAUGACAGCUAAAGUAUGUAAAAUUGUAAUUUAAGAGAUUGAUAAUAAUAAUUAAUAAAUCGAAAAACUAAUUAAGAAACUUGUGAUCUUCAAAUAUUUUUAACUUAGUACUGAAGAAACUCAUAAUGAAAAUAAAACUCCCCAUAGCUUAUCCUCCUAUAGUAAUAAGAAUAAAAAGUAAUCCAUUGACAUUAUCAAAAAAUCAGAUGAGACUUCAACUAGUGGACAUAAAAAAUAAUAAUAAACUAUGGGUAAUCUAAAUUCAAGUUUUUAUACUAAAAAAUGA